CACCCACCAGCCCGGGCUGCGCUUGCGUGCUGGGGACAGCCGUUGCAGGGCCCGUAGGGCUCUGAGUCUUCUCUUUUUGGCCCUGAAAUACUCCGCCCGGUGGCCCAGGACGUUCCAGUCGCCUGUCAGAGUGCUGCGGACGAUGCCUGUGAGGUCCUUAGUUCUUCUAGUUGCGCUGUUGCUAUGGCCUUCGUUCCUGCCGGCGUAUCCGAGCAACACUGUGACAUCUGAUGAAGAAAAAAAUGUCAAUCGUUAUGUACAAGUUUUACAGAACCUACUACAAAGUGUUCCCACUAGGGAGCCAGACACUGAGAAAACAUCAGAGUCUCCAAAUACUGUUUACUCUAUGAAAACGAAGGUAUCAAAACUUAAGGAGAUAAUUACACCUGACAAAGCUUUAGCUGAGAAUGUUGUAACGACCCCUGUGAGUGAUAAAAUUACAAGUUUCCCGACUAGAAGCUUCUCACUGGAACAAAGGAGGAAAAAACAUACUAAAAGCACAGCAUUCUGGUCUAUUAAACCAAGCAAUAUUUCUGUUGUUUUACGUGCAAAGGAGCCUUAUGUUGAAAGAGAAGAGCCAGAGCCAGAGCCAGAGCCCAAAGUCAAACAAACCGAGGCCCGGAUGUGGCCGUAUGUCACUGAAUAUCCUCCCAGCUCUUCAAGUGGGAGCACUGACUGGGAUACCUCCACCGACCUAGAAGAUGUUCCUCAGCUCGUAGGCGAUUAUGAAACACAAACAUUUGAAACACACCCACUCGUUUUGGGUAAUGAAGAAAUUUUGAAAAAAAUUUCAGAUAUUAGUUCAAAAGUGCAUCAGGUUCCUCUUGCUGAGAGCCUCAAGCCAGAGUACAGAGCGGACAUUCAAGCCGUCAGAGAGCACCUGAAACGGAGCCUCGCUGUCGCAGCGGCAGCAGAACACAGAUUAAGCAAGAUGUAUAGGUCCCAGGUAUUACCACUAGGGCGAAGCGGUUAUGAAACUGAUGACAUUGAAACUGUUAUUAACACGCUGUAUAAUUCUAGAUCAAAGUUAUCUCAGUAUUUAGAUACUAGAUAUGUUCCAUCAGAGAUGAGAGAAAAAGCUAUUAUAGUAAUCAACACAUUGAAAAAAAUAUUAUGUGUAAGUCGACUAGAAGUUCAAAACCUUAUUAGGAAGUUAUUAAACAAUAAUAUAAAAAUUUUAAACCUACUUGAUGUUCCAUGACAAAGGUGACUUAGGAGAACUUGGCAUAUAUUCAGAGGUGAAAUAAGCAUAUUAGUGAUUUAAAAGUUGUAUAAAAAUAUUUCCUGUUGUUCAAUGUGCUAACAUCUUUAUGUCACAUGUUAUGAAAAUUUUUCAUAUGCACUAAUAUGCUUUAAAAUUUAAAAUAAAAUUUUGGUUCAGGAGUUUGUAGUUUUCUUUCAUUAAUUUUAAAAGUUAUGAAGGUCUAAUCUUUAAAAUGUUUAAGCUUUGAUUUUACUUGAAUAAAUUAGUUAAAUUCACCCAUAUUAUGAGUUAAGAGACUAUGCAAUCUAUAUAUGUAGCUUGUUUUGAAUGAUUACCCAUAAAUGUGAAUUUUUAGGGUAUAUGGCCUUUGUUCUUUUUAAGAGAAUCUGAGUUUUCUAUCUGAAUAGCAUAGAAAAGUAGAGCUUGUAUCAAAACUGCUUUCAUUUGGAUAUAUGUUUGCCUCCUUUGAGAAGUGAGUGAUGUAUUAAGAUACCUCUUUUCCUUUGUUGUUAAGUAUUUUGGAGUAUCAGUGAGGGACUGUGACCUGGACUGGUAGUAAAGUCAUCUUCACUUAUUUCUGUUUUGCUUGUGUAUAUGCGUGUAAGUCCUUCAUUUCCAUUAAGGCUUACUCUGUGCUGUGUACUCCAUGGUUUUUGAUAAAUGCAUAAUGACAUGUACUUGCCAUGACAGCAAGUAGUUUCACUGUCCUAAAAAUCCCCUGUGUUCCAACUGUUCGUCUCUUCCUUUUCUCACCCCAUGCCUCCAACUCCUGGCAACACUGUUAUUUUUAGUCUCUAUACUUUUGCCUUUUCCAGAAUUUCAUACAGCAUAGGUAGAAGCAUAGAGUGUAGAGACUUUUCAAAUUGGCUUAUUUCACUUAGCAAUGGGUAUUUAAGAUCCCUCCAUGUCU